AGUCUGGACAAAAACAUUGAUAUAAUACUACAAGCCAGCAUGAGUUAAGAGAUUUUAUUUGUUCUAGAAUUGUUUUUUAUUCUAGAAUUUAUUUCGUUAAUCUAGAAAGUUCUAUGCAAGGUAUAUAAAAGUAAACAGAAAAUUAGAAUCUAUAAUUCACUCAACAUCUUUUCGAAAGAAAAAGUUUUAGUACUGAAAUUAUCUUAGUACUUGGCAAAGUAUAUUUUUAAAUAUACGCAAUAAAAAAAUCCAGUAUUGUUUCUCGAGUUUUUCAAAGUUUUGCCGAAACACAAAGGUUUUGUUAAACAUGGCGCAUCAUUUGGAAUGUCCAAUUGAAAAUGUUAGUAAGCAAAUAGAGUUCGAGAAGUUUACAUCUUGUCCAUUUCACAAAACAACUCAUAAAACACUACCUGGUAAGCAAGAAGUGAAAUCUUUCCCUACACAAUCCUUACCACAUGAAAAAUUACAAAAUUCGAAGUUUACAGCUGAUCUUUUAAAAGAUGUUGGGGGCGGUGAUAAAAUACGCCAAAUGACAACUAGAUUUUACGCCCAUGCGUUUGAAGACGAAACGUUGUCGAAGUUUAUGUUCGAUACAGACGGAGCAGCGGCGCACGGUCAACGAUUAGCCGACUGGAUCAUCGAAAAGAUGGGCGGGGAAGGGGAUGUUUACACAGAUUCAGGACGAGAGGGCAUGAGACACGUAUCGCACUCUCGCGCGUGAAACUGCGACAAACGGGAAGAUGAAAAGAGAGGCCAACGUUUUAAACUUGACGACUCUAGAAUAUGGAUGCGUUUAAUGUUUUGGUCUGGAAGAGAAGUUGGACUUUCUCAACACGAAGCCUUUUGGAAAUGGUACAUCACAUUCAUAAAGACAUAUAUUGGUAUAUACACAAGGGCGGCUCCUCCUUAUACUAAAUACGACGCUGAAUGGUCUAAAAAUAAAAAGAACAUACAAAAAUAUAUCGAAAAUGGAAAAGCUAUGACGGACGUUAUAGGAUUAGGUCGUUAAGACUAUAAAUUGUGAUGUCAAAAAUCAUCGCCCUUAUUAUUUGGUGGUAAAUAUAGAUUGUAUGGUGGUGUUCAAAGUGUGCUCAGUUACUGAGAUUAAAUUGAGACUGAGAUUUAGUCAUAGUCACAAGAGUCUCUCUUUCUUAUGACUAUGAUUUAAUUCGUCAGAAGAACUACUAAAGAAC